GACCCAGCACCCCCAGAGAUGUGCCCCCCCAAAGGGACCCACCCCCUGUGAGUCCCCAGUGCCCCUCAGUGCCCACCCCAGCACCCCCAAACUCCCCCUGCCCUUCCCAGCCCCUGUCUCCCUUCCCUGCAGACGGGUGGGACGAGGAUGACUAUGGCUGCAGUGGGGAGGAAGACGCCAGCCAGCUCCAGAAGAUGACAUCCCUGAGCAUCGAUGACACGCAGCACGGGGGGGAUCUGCUGCCCCCCUACCCCUGGCCCAAGGAGGAGCCCCCUGCCUUUGGCAGCUGCUGCCCCUCGGGGGGCUCCUUUGUGCCCCCCGCCCCGGCGCUGCUGCAGGGGGAUGCGGGGGGCUCCCGGGGCGCCCCGGAGCUGCUGCCCCGCGCCCUCGCUGAGACCGGGCCCCCCCUGGGCCCCCCAGGACCCCCGGGCACCUGCCCGGUGCCACCGACAGAGCAGCUGAUCCCCGACCUGCUGGUCAGCCCGCACAUGCUGCCAUGUGAGCAGGGGAUGGGGAGAUCACCGCGGGGUGGGAUGGGGUGUGGGGAGACCCUGUGGGGCUGGGAGGAUUGGGGUGCCCAUGGGAUGGUGGCACAGAGGCGUGGGGUGGCCGUGGGAUGGGGGAUGCCCGGUGACACCGCGGGGCUCCCGCAGGUGGUGCCGGUGGCGGCGCGGCUGCUGCUGGAGAUGUUCUCCGGGGAGCUGUCCUGGUCGGCAGACAGCAUCCCGCUGCAGAUCUCGCACCCCGACCUCAAGGACAGGAUGGUGGAGCAGUUCAAGGAGCUGCACCAGCUCUGGCAGAGCCACCAGCGGCUGCCACCGGCACAGCCCCCGCCCGGCCCCUCCGCGGGACCCUGGGCACUGCCACCCGGCCCCCUGCCCCACUGACAGGACAUGGGGACACCCAGGGCACCGCCAGCCACGAUGGCUACACACCCCCGGAGGGAACCGCAUGCGCCCGCCCGCCCUGCCCGCGCUCGAGCCACUGCCUCCAACCCCAAAAUCAAACCAAAGAAAACCCCAAAAAAGGGGGAAAAAAAAAAGAAAAAAAACACAAACAAACAAACAAACAGAAAAAAAAACCAAACUAAAAAAGCAGAACAAAAUAAAAUAUAAAUCUCUAUUUGCAGAGUCUGUCCCGCCUGCGUCGUCUCUGGGAGUCGGCACCAGGCAGGCCACGGUGGGCUCGGGGGGCGCAGCGCCCCAGGACCCCCAGACUGACCCCCCAUCUUCCUAAGCAAUUUGUACUGUUUGGUUUUUGUUUGUUUCUUUUCCUUCUUUUUCUUCUUUUUUGUCUCCACUUGACCGAGUUUUUCUGCUUCUUUGCUGCCGGGCGGAUCCGAGUGGCUCGGUGCGGCGCCGCUGCCGCUGGGGCUGGAGUUGGGUUUGUGGGGUUUCCCCUCGGGCUGGUUCUCGUGGCCGAGAUCCGGGACGCGAAUCCCCGGGCAGGCGGGGUCCCCGAGCCUCCUCCCGCGGCUCCGGCCUCCGGGACACGCUGCAGCGGCCGAGAGCCCUCGGCUGAUUGUGGGACACAUUCUUGGGUUGCUGUUUCCUGUCUUCUCCUUCAAGACAUUCCUGGGAGCAGCAGGGGAG